AUGGCAACUGCGAGCGAGGCAAACGCGUUGGGGUAUAAUUUGAAGGUGGACUAUGUCAUACGCUACAGCUUCGGCGAUGUAGAUCAGUCACAAGCCACCACGCAGCUUGAGAAGCUGCUCCGGUCCCUUGCCGAGGCCGGUCUACAAUGCGAGAUCCGCCAGGGUGACGAAUCGUCGCUGUUGGUCUUCGUUCGUGCAACGAAGAAGCGGCUGAACCGGGCGGUGUAUCGGUCGCGAGUGCGUGACUGGCUUUAUGGCAUCCGUAAUGCUGAGCCUGAACCGGCCAGCUCCAUCACGCCCCAGACCGAAGCGGAGCGACUCCGGGUGAUCAGCCAGAUGAUCACCCUCCCUACCGAGGAGGGCGGCGCUGGUAUCACCCCAAAGCUCGGCGAAUGGAAAAACGUCACCGCCCUAUUCCCUCUGCACGACGAGGAGACGAACAAGAAAUGGCUGCAUGAGUGGAGUCAGAAGACCUUCCUUUCGGACGACGAUUUGGAUCAGAUUCGGAAUAAGUUUGGUGAAAGCGUUGGAUUUUACUUUUCGUUCCUCCAGUCAUACUUCCGGUUCCUUAUCUUUCCGGCUGUGUUUGGGUUCUCGUGCUGGUUCCUUUUUGGUGGCUAUUCGAUUAUUUAUACAGUCGUCAAUUCCUUGUGGUGCAUCGUCUUUGUCGAAUAUUGGAAACGCAAGGAAGUGGAUUUGAGCUGCCGCUGGCAGACCAAGGGUGUUUCGGCUGUGCAGACCAAACGGCGCGAGUUCAAGCCCGAGAAAGAAAUCCGCGAUGAAGGAACGGGUGAGAUGCGGGGAGUCUUCCCUGCGACCAAGCGGAUGCAGCGUCAGCUCCUCCAGAUUCCAUUUGCGCUAUUCUCUGCCAUUGGACUGGGUGUGAUUAUCGCGACCUGCUUUGCGAUCGAGAUCUUCAUUGCUGAACUGUACAGCGGCCCUUUAAAGACCUAUUUGAUUUUCAUUCCGACUAUCCUUGUUUCUGCACUGGUACCAACUAUGAGUGCGGUGCUCAUGUCUAUUGCAACCAAGCUCAACGACUACGAGAACUAUGAGACGAGCGAUGCGUACGAUUUCGCGCUGACUCAAAAAGUCUUCAUCAUCAACUUUAUCACCUCUUAUCUGCCGAUCUUGUUAACGGCGUUUGUCUAUGUGCCAUUUGCCAGCCUCAUUGUGCCUUACCUGGACAUCUUUCGUUUGACUGUCCGGCCAUUCGUGUCGAAAGAACAUGCGACUGCCAAUUGCUCGACCUUCCAAAUUGACCCUCACCGUCUGAGAAAACAAGUCAUCUACUUCACAGUCACCGCUCAGAUUGUUGGAUUCGCUAUGGAAACAAUCGUGCCCUAUCUGAAGCAGCACGCGCUGCGGGAGUACAAGGCGUACAACAAGAAGCGCAACGGCAAGCUAGAGAAGAAUGGUGACAAAGAUUCGCCUGAACGAUCGCCGGUAGUCACCUACGAUGACCCAGAUGAGGAGAAGGAAUUCCUGAAACGUGUCCGCAACGAGGUCGAGCUACCCGAGUACGGGGUGACUGAGGACCUGCGCGAAAUGUGCAUCCAGUUUGGUUACCUUGCUCUUUUCUCGCCGACAUGGCCUUUGGUUCCGCUCUCAUUCUUCAUCAACAAUUGGAUUGAGUUGCGGUCCGACUUCUUCAAGAUUUGUAAGGAGUUCCAGCGACCCACACCCCUCCGGUGCGACACCAUUGGCCCCUGGCUUGAUACCCUCGGGUUCUUGUCCUGGGUAGGAAGCAUCACCAGUGCUGCGCUAGUGUAUAUGUUUAACGGCGAUGCUCGGACUGGUCCCAACGGAGAACCGACUGAUAUCAGAGGAUGGGCACUGCUGCUGGUCAUUUUCUUCUCGGAGCACCUGUACUUGAUUGUGCGCUAUGCUGUGCAGACAGCCAUGACUAGACUCGAGCCACCAAACGUGCGCAAGGAACGUGCGGAGCGCUACCUCAUGCGCAAGCGAUAUCUUGAAUCAACUAUCCAGGCCGAGGCGAAUGAGGAGCUGGACAAAGAUGAUCUUGUGUCUGAGGUGCCACCGGAGCUCACCCGCUCCGCUCUCGAGGAGGAUGCCCGGCACAACUCUGAACAUUCUGCCGAUCCCGCUGAGAGAUUCUGGAUGCGUCAGCGUGGCUGGACCGAGUCAGCCAAGGUGGGAGCAGGGAUCAUCCAGGCACAACCCUCUACGGGGACUGCGAAAAAGCAGCAGUGA